CAAGCUCAGACAUCCACCAGCGAGUAGAGCGGGCAGCAUCGCGCGCCGAUCGAUCGCGAGCCCCACCACCACCCAACCCCUUGAUUGCUUUGCCGCCGCGAGCUCGAGCCUCCUCGUCACCGCGCCCCCACCUGCCCGGCCUUGGCUGCCUGCUCUGCUCUGUCGAUCUCGAGGGCGACAUGGCCUCUGUUCUGCCCGAGACCGCGUCGGACGGCAAGGCCCUGACGGACGCCUGGGACUACAAGGGCCGCCCGGCCAGCCGCGCCUCCACCGGCGGAUGGGGCUGCGCCGCCAUGAUCCUAGGCGCGGAGCUGUUCGAGCGGAUGACGACGCUGGGCAUCGCGGUGAACCUGGUGCCGUACAUGACGGGCACCAUGCACCUCGGCAAUGCCGCCGCCGCCAACACCGUCACCAAUUUCAUCGGCACCUCCUUCAUGCUCUGCCUCCUCGGCGGCUUCGUCGCCGACAGCUACCUCGGCCGCUACCUCACCAUCGCCAUCUUCACCGCCAUCCAGGCCACGGGCGUGAUGAUCCUGACCAUAUCGACGGCGGCUCCGGGCCUGCGCCCGCCGCCGUGCGCGGACGCCAAGGGCGCGAGCCCCGACUGCGUGGCGGCCAACGGGACCCAGCUCGGGGUGCUGUACCUGGGCCUGUACCUGACGGCGCUGGGCACGGGCGGGCUCAAGUCGAGCGUGUCCGGGUUCGGGUCGGACCAGUUCGACGAGUCGCACGACGGCGAGCGCGGCAAGAUGCUGCGCUUCUUCAACUGGUUCUACUUCUUCGUGAGCAUCGGCGCGCUGCUGGCCGUCACGGUGCUGGUGUACGUGCAGGACAACGUGGGCCGGCGCUGGGGCUACGGCGUCUGCGCCGCCGGCAUCCUCGUCGGGCUCGCCGUGUUCCUGGCGGGCACCAGGAGGUACCGGUUCAAGAAGCUGGUGGGGAGCCCGCUGACCCAGGUGGCCGCCGUGACGGCCGCCGCCUGGCGCAAGCGCGCGCUGCCGGUGCCGUCCGACCCGGACAUGCUCUACGACGUGGACGACGCGGCCGCCGCCGGCGCCGACGUCAAGGGGAAGCAGAAGCUGCCCCACAGCAAGGAAUGCCGGUUCCUUGACCACGCGGCGAUCGUCGACGGCGAGUCGCCGGCGGCGGCGAGCAUGUGGAGGCUGUGCACGCGGACGGACGUGGAGGAGGUGAAGCAGGUGGUGCGGAUGCUGCCCAUCUGGGCCACCACCAUCAUGUUCUGGACCAUCCACGCGCAGAUGACCACCUUCUCGGUGGCGCAGGCCGAGCUCAUGGACCGCGGCGUCGGCGGCUCGGGCUUCCUCAUCCCCGCGGGCUCCCUCACCGUCUUCCUCAUCGGCUCCAUCCUCCUCACCGUGCCCAUCUACGACCGCCUCCUCGCGCCCGUGGUCAAGCGCCUCACGGGCAACCCUCACGGCCUCACCCCGCUCCAGCGGGUCUUCAUCGGCCUCUUCCUCUCCAUCGCCGGCAUGGCCGUGGCCGCGAUCGUCGAGCGCCACCGCCAGACCACCUCCGAGCGCGGCGUCACCAUCACCGUGUUCCUGCUCAUGCCGCAGUUCGUGCUCGUAGGCGCCGGCGAGGCCUUCACGUACAUGGGCCAGCUCGCCUUCUUCCUGCGCGAGUGCCCCAAGGGCAUGAAGACCAUGAGCACGGGGCUCUUCCUCAGCACCUGCGCGAUCGGCUUCUUCUUCAGCACGCUGCUCGUCACCAUCGUCGAUAAGGUCACGGGCCACGGCGGUCACGGGGGAUGGCUCGCGGACAACCUCAAUGACGGCAGACUCGAUUACUUCUACUGGUUGCUCUCCGUGAUCAGCGCCAUCAACCUCGUCCUCUACACGCUCGCCGCCAGGGGAUACGUCUACAAGGACAAGCGCCUGGCCGACGCCGGCAUCGAGCUCGCCGAUGAGGAGGCCAUUGCCGUCGGCCACUGAGACAGCCACUCACUCUCCUGCUGCAUGUUGGAAGUUGGAUGCAUGCACGCGUCCUUGUACAACCUGCCGCUCUCCCUUUUUUUUUCCUUUUUUUUCUUAGGGGUGUGCGUAUGAGAGAAUGGAUGUGACGGCUUCUCUCAUUGAGUUUGCAUGCAGUGUACAUGUAGAGCUACACAGUUGUUUGAUAAGUAACAAAACUACAGCAAGUAAGUUUUGUGAGAUUGAGUCAA